AAUGAGGCAGCCAUCAGUCAUAGUGAUUUUUUAAAGAGAAUUUCUUACGACAUAGUUUCUUGGAAAUGUUUACUAAACGCGUUGAUCAAGAAAAAAAAAAGGGUGUUGGGAGUUGAUGAAUUGAGAAGGAGAAAUAGUCUUAAGUCUUUCCAUAAAAGAAUCAAAGUCUUUUUGGUGGUCUCCAGUCUUGAAUUUCUACUGGUAAGACUUGGGUUGUAGCCCACAAACACACCUUAUAUUUUAAUGAUUGUAAUUUGUAUCUCUCACUUUCAUUCAGUUUUCAUUCUCAAGAACCCAAAAACUUCUUAUCAAGAAACAAAUUUUGAGGGUUACAAUCAUCAUUUGACACAACUUUUGUGUACCCUUUAAUCCUAGGAGAUAUAUCAUAGACCAAUACUCCUUUUAUUGUAAUUGUUAGUAUUGUAUUUUUCACUUGUAUUCAGUUUCCAUUUCCAAGCUCUUGCCCCCUUUCCCAAAAUAGAAAAGAGCAAGAAAGUUCGCAUUUUGGCUUUUGGUUAUAUCAAGAAACAGGUUAUUCUGGGGUGUAUUCAUCAGUUGAUUAGAACUGUUGAGUACCCUUUUUUGAUAGAAACCUAGGAGUAAAGAAAAUCUCUGUCUUUUAAUCAAAUUCCGCUUGAUGGGAGUUUGAGAUUAGGAUUUAGGACAGAUUUAGCAAAUAUGGCAGCAAUCUUGAAAAGUUUUUUCCCUGUUACUUCCUCAAAAAAGGAGGAUAAAGAUGAAGAAUUUGAUGUAGAUUACUCUUUUGCUGAGGAGUAUAGUGGUCCUCCAGUUAGUUAUGACAUUCCUCAGGUUGUUCCCGUUGAUGUAAACCGGAUUCCGACUGCCUCAGUCGUUGCCACGGCUACUAUGUUAAGUAAAAAUUUGUCACUGCCAGUUGUUGAACCAAUUGUCAAGAGUGAUCACCAAUUAGUCAAGAAUCAGAAGUCAAAGGAGUCAGAUUUAGGCUCUGUGGUAAGUUCUGUGUAUGUUGAUAAUGGGGACUCUACCUUAGAAUCGGAAUAUGUUGAGAAUGAUCAUGCCUAUAGAGUAUCAGUUGGAAUUGAAAGUUCUGGUACCUUAGGAUUUUCUGACAGUCAUGAUCGCUCCCGUGAGCUUUCAGGAAGUUCGGAUGUUGAGGAUUUGGUAGAUGAAUGCAAUGAAGAAGUAAGAUUUGUGAGUCAUCCAAACCCUACUGGCAUGGAAUCCGAGGAACCAACUUUGAGCUCUUCAGAUUUUUCCUCAGAUUAUGGUGAUGAAGCUGAUGUCAACCAAGGUAGUAGAACAGCUGUUGUAAAUUUCCAUGAAAUUCAAUCAAGGGAUGUUACUACUUACAGUGAUGAUGAGGAACCAGGAAUGUUUCCCGAAAAGCCAUUUGUGAGCAGUGAUUCAAACAAAUGUUGUCGGUGUCAAAAAGGGAGUCGAUUCACUGACAAGGAAAUAUGCUUAGUUUGUGGUGCAAAGUAUUGUAUCAAUUGUGUGUUGAGAGCAAUGGGGGCAAUGCCUGAAGGAAGAAAGUGUAUUACUUGCGUUGGUUAUCGUAUUAAUGAAUCAAAACGGGAUUCAUUAGGCAAAUGUUCUACAAUGCUUAAGAGGCUGCUAAGUAAAUGGCAAAUGGAUGAGAUUGUGAAAUUGGAAAAGUCAUGUCAAUCUAAUCAGCUUCCACCCCAUCUCGUGAUCGUAAAUGGUAAAUGUCUUUCCCUUAGAGAGUUGGUUGACUUGCAAAGCUGUGAGCAUCCACCAAAGAAGUUGAAACCGGGGAAGUACUGGUAUGAUAAGGUGUCUGGAUUCUGGGGAAAGGAAGGGCAUAAGCCUUGGCAGAUAAUUUCUCCCCAACUAAAUGUUGGUGCUCAAAUUAAGAAAGAUGCUAGCAAGGGAAACACAAAUAUUGUGAUAAAUAAUCGGGAAAUUACGCAAGUAGAGCUGUUGAUGUUGAAGAUGGCAGGUAUUAACUGUGAAGGAAGCAUUUGCUUGUGGCUCAGUGCCGAUGGAUCCUGCCAAGAAGAGGGUAUGAACAAUGUGAUUGGAAAAUUAUGGGAAAAGACUACACACAAGCUGUUAUGUUCUGCUUUGAGAUUGCCAACUCCUCCUGUGUCUGCAAAUUCAUCUGGUGUAGAAGUUGGAAGUGGAUUGGAUGUAGGUGACUCGCGCAGGGCAGAUAACAAAAAGCUGAAUAAACUACUUCUUGCUGGUUGUGAUCAAUCAGGAACAAGUACUAUGUUCAAACAGGCAAAACUUAUAUAUCACGUUCCUUUCUCAGAAGAAGAGCAUCAGAAUAUUACAUACACGAUCCAAAGCAAUUUGUACAGAUAUAUUGCUAUACUCCUCGAAGGGCGUGAAAGAUUUGAAGAAGAGUACCGUCUUAAAAUGAGGAAAAAACAGUUUGAUGAACCUGGCCCUUCAGUGCUUCCAGACCUGAUUGAAGAAGAGAAUAUCUAUUCCAUCAGCCCCAGACUGAAAAACUUCUCGGAUUGGCUUCUUCAAGCUAUGAUGUUAGGAAAUUUGGAGGUCAUUUUUCCUGCUGCCACUCGAGAGUACACAGCUGUAGUUGAGGAGUUGUGGAAACAUAAAGCAUUUCAAGCCACAUAUCAGCGGAGGAAUGAGCUAGAAACGCUUCCAAGAGUUGCCAAUUAUUUCUUAGAUCAUGCUGUUGAGAUUUCAAAGGCAGACUACAACCCUUCUGAUAUGGAUAAGUUAUAUGCUGAGGGCAUUACUUCUUCCAAUGGGGUCGCGUGCAUGGAGUUUUCCUUCUCUAAUCCAUCUCAGCAUAGCUACAUGGAGGCCGUUGAUCAGAAUUCUUCCUCGAUGAGGUACCAACUAAUAAGAGUGCAUGCGAGCUGCGUAGGGAAAAACUGCAAGUGGUUGGAGAUGUUUGAAGAUGUUGACCUUCUUAUCUUUUGUGUUUCCUUGACGGAGUACACCGAGUAUUUGGAGGACUACGAUGGAGUUUGCACAAACAAGAUGAUGGCGAGCAAGAAGCUGUUUGAAAACAUCGUCAGUCAUCCAGCUUUUGCCCGGAAACAUUGCCUCUUACUAUUAAACAAGUUUGACAUACUGGAAGAAAUCAUCGAACAGGCUCCACUUUCUGAAUGCGAGUGGUUUCAGGAAUUCAAUCCAGUGAUCAGUCGUCAUCCCAACAGCAACACCAGCAACAACAACCCGUCGUUGGCUCAACGUGCUUGUCAUUACAUAGCCAUGAAGUUCAAACGAUUAUAUAGUUCCAUUACAGAGCGAAAGUUGUAUGUCUCACCGCUAACUGCUUUGGAGGCUGAUAGUGUUGAUGAAGCUCUUAAAUACAGUAGGGAAAUUCUGAAGUGGGAUGAAGAAAAGCAUAAAGUAAUGCGCGAUUGGACGACAGAGAGUGCUGAGGCUAGCACAACUCUUGAUGCCAGCAUAACUGCAUAGUUUACUAUCUAUCAUUCUUUUGUUGAGUCCACUUUGCCUCUCGGCAUUGUACAUAGUUUUAGAGGAGGAAUUUACUUUUCUCAUAUGUAGCUAAUAAAUAAAAAUGUAAAAGAGAUGAGGUUCCAUUCUGCAAUUUGCAGAUACAAUCUCGGCCUUUAUUUUUUAUCUUCUCUGUACACUGGAAUUGGAUAACUUAUACCUUGUAGAGGGUGGGUUAAUUAGUGUCGGGAUAACUUAUACCUUUUCUUAUAAA